AUGCCGUCGCCCACCUCUGCACUCUUGCCGGUGGCAAACACCUUGGCGGUGGGUGUGCGCAGCUUCGUUCUGCAGCAAUACUACACCUUUGAGUAUGACCUUGGUCUUUGGGCCUUUGGCGCUGUCCAGGUCAUCAAGGAUCGCCGGUCCGGGACACUGAAGACGUGCAAAGCUGUGGAAAAGACACGGCUCAUGGAUGUGCAUGGGACAGGUGAUCGGCUCCGCCGCCUUACAGAGAUUCAGCAUCCAAUGCUGUUGCCUGUAACAGACAUUUUGGAGGACUCAUCCCACUUCUUUAUCAUCUCGCCCCAUGCUGCCGGAGGGGAUAUGGGGGACUGGCUCGACAGGUUAGCCUCAGAUGAGGAGGUCAUUGAGGAGGAGACCUGUGAUCUUGCUGAAUCCGGGGGCUUGCUGUUGCUGUGGGUCGUGCUGGUGAUCUUCGUGGCGUGGGGAUGCAACUUGGCCAACCAUGACUUUGUCCAGACUCUGUUGGCAGAGGAUGUGGAAUGCACUGCUCCCCUUGCUCUUUCCCAUCCCUGGCUUCGAAAUGUGCUUCUGCGUCCUGGCUUGGCAGAUGAUCUUGCUCGAGAGGAUGCCUUGCGGAGGUUAGCCUGCUAUCAGGCAGCCCUUCUCCUGGUGCCUGUUGAGAUGGCCCAUCGCGACCUAGAAAGGUUGCUUAAGGACUUCCAACGAAUGGAUCAGGAUGGUGACGCUCUUCUCGCAUCGCGCUUGGCCAUGCAACUGCUGCUUGCUCGCCGGGGAGCGACCAAGCGAGGCAGCGAGGUUGCGGUGGGUGUCUGUGAUGUGCGGGGCUGCGGCACAGUGGACUUCAGUGCGAUGGCAGCAGCAGCACUCAUGGCCGACCUGCUUCCAGAUGGAUUCAUGAAGCAAAGGGUUGAUGAUAUGUGGUCUGCCUUACAGCAGCUCUUUUUCGAGGCCUACGGCAGUGAUGAUGGGAUGGUGGACCGGUCUGUUGUGCUGGAGAAGGUGUCAAACUCUGUUGGAGGUCUUCUGGAGAAGUAUGGCGACGUGGAGUUUGAAGAGAUCUUGGGGUCUUUUGACGACGACAUCUACCAGGAGAGUUUUCAGUCUCGACUUAUGGACUCAGCUGGCCAUGGCACGCCCAUGGCUCUCUUCGAGUGGGGCUUUUUGGCUGAGGAGCCCGAUUCCUGGUUUGCCAGCCUCUAUCGCAGUUGCGGGCAGCCAAUGCGAAGAAGGGAAGCCGUUCGCUGCUGA